GGUCUUUUGUGGUACCGCUUCCUCCCUAGGCGUGAGACUCCAGCUACUUCACUAUGAAACUUCUCGUCCUUUCUGGUCUGCUCUGCGUGCUGCUCCUCUGUUUCUGCAUUUUCUCCUCAGAAGGGACAAGGCAUCCUGCCAAGUCCUUGAAACUCAGGCGCUGCUGUCACCUAUCGCCUAGAUCCAAACUGUCAAUCCGGAGAGGAAACCUCACAAGGCCCUGCAGACCAUGCAGAAGCAAGAUACCAGUCACGUUAUGGGUGGUGCCUGGGGCUCUCCCACAGAUAUAGGGCCUCCCCAGGCUGGCCUCUGUCCAGAUGAAGCAUUGAUGCCCAGAUGUGGAGACACCAGAAGCAUGCACACUAUGUUGACUUACCCCUUGCCCACCUUCACGGUCAGUGAGCUGUGACACCGGAAUGCUUCGCUUCAGACAGCAGGGAGGAUUGCAGAAUUCCAAGUCCUCAUCCCAAAGGUUCCACCAACCUCCAGAGUCACUAAGAUCCAGGCACAGCCCACAAGUCACCAUGGCUCCUCCGGAGUAAAAGUCCAAGAUUCCACCUGUGAGAGUUACAGAUCCAGAGACUUCCAAGCUGACUAGAGCGCAGAGGCGCACACUGAUGUUCCAAGACAUCAGUGUGAUCAGCCGAGACUACAGCAUCUUGGGGAGCCUCAGACAGCCCCAAACCCCUAACACUUAACCACUGGUCUCCAAACCAACACCUGUGACUUCCUAAUGAAAUCACCACCAGGAGAACACCAAAAGUAAUAAACCAUAAAUCAGCAUACACACU